GCGUACUGCUAUAAGCCCCGCCUCUUAGUUACAGCCAGAUCACAUGAUCUCCGUUAACCCGUUCAACACCAGCAUCUCUCGCCAAUACCUUUGCAGCUGUGGGCGGAAGCGGAAGUGUCAAGAAGGUAGACGGACAGGACGCUUCCAGAUUGCGGACUACAUGGAACCUGCCGCUUAGUAAAAUGACAGAUCAAGAGAACAACAACAGCAUUUCAACAAACCCAUUUGCUGCUCUCUUUGGGUCACUGGCAGAAGCUCGGCAGUUUGCCGCUGGGCAAAAGGAGCAGCUGCGACAGCAAACUGACGAUGCAGGGGAGAGUCAGGACGAUUCUGACAACAGCGUUUCAGAAAGCCUGGAUGACUGCGACGACUCUGUGGCGGAAAUAAGUCGCUCAUUUCGUUCCCAGCAGGAGAUCUGUGAGCAGCUGAAUAUAAACCACAUGAUCCAGAGAAUCUUUCUCAUCACCUUGGAUAACGGUGACCCCAGUCUGAAGAGUGGAAAUGGUAUACCGCAGCGUUGUGUGUAUCUGGAGGAGCUCGGCUCUGAACUCGAUGGGCAGGACUGGUUGGAUAUGGAUAAUAUAGAGCAGGCCGUGUUCACGCGGCUUCUUCUCCCUGAACCUGGGAAAUACAUGAUUUGCAUGACAUCCUCGGGAGCUCCCAAUUUGUCUGCAGAACGAGACGCAGGGGAAAAGCAUAUAAUUCCGUUCCUAUUUUCUUGUUUCCAGCGAGCCAAGAAAGAGGUCACUAAAGUGCCAGAGAAUCUACUGCCUUAUGCAAUGCGCUGCAAAGUAUUAACAGUCUCAAAUGCUCGUACUGUUUUGCUUACCCCUGAGAUAUAUCAAGGUCAGGAUGUUCCAGCUCAGGUUGUGGACCUCAUGCUUGAAGGUCUGCGUGGAGCAAACUUUGACGAGGUAGUGGAGUUUUUGGAGGAGGUCAUUGAAGCCCUCUUGGCUGACGAGGAGGUGCACUCCUUCAGUGAAGUUUUUUAUCCUGUAUUUGAUGUGAUCCUGAAACGUGUGAAGGACUUGGAUCUGUGCCAGAUGUUGCUCUACACUUACCUUGAUCUCCUCCUCUAUUGCACUCGUCAGAAGGACAUUGCAAAGGUUUUUGUGGCCUAUAUUCAACCUCAAGAUCCGUCAAAUGGACACCUGUAUCAAAAGACGUUGCUGGGGGAGAUCCUUAGUAUUUCCUGCCUUCUGCGUACCCCAGGAGUAGUAGAAAAUCACGGCUACUUUCUGAAUCCUUCACGCUCUAGUCCACAGGAGAUUAAAGUGCAGGAAUCCAAUAUACAUCAGUUCAUGGCUCAAUUCCAUGAGAAAAUUUACCAGCUUUUGAAGAACCUUCUCCAGUUAUCUCCAGAUACCAAGCAUCUCAUCUUGUCCUGGCUGGGGAACUGUCUACAUGCCAACGCAGGACGUGCUAAAAUCUGGGCCAACCAAGUUCCUGAAAUCUUCUUGCAGACCUAUGCUUCGGACAGCUUCUUUCUGAACCUGGGAGCUGCCCUUCUACGGCUGUGCCAGCCUUUCUGUAAACCAAAGUCGGCUCGCUUGUUGACCUUUAACCCCACUUACUGCGCUCUUCGAGAGAUUAAUGAAGAAGAGCAAAGGAGUCGGAACAUACACAUGAAGGGUCUGGACAAAGAGACUUGUCUUAUUCCACCUGCCGAUGACCAGCAACCAGACUUCCCUCAGAACUUUAACUUGGUGACAGAAAACCUGGUACUGACACAGUACACCCUUCAUCUAGGCUUUCACAGGUUGCAUGAACAAAUGGUGAAGGUAAACCAGAGCUUACACAGACUACAAGGAGCAUGGCGAGAUGCCCAGCAAAGUGGCAGCCCCACCGCCGAGAACCUACGGGAACAGUUUGAGCGCCUCAUGACCAUCUAUCUCUGCUUGAAAGCGGCACUAAGCGAACCUCAAACGCUACAGAACUGCCUGCAGCUUCAGGUCUCCACAGCACUUCUCUUAGUACAGAUUGCUUUGGGCAAUCGAGGCACAGAACCAGUGUCACUCACCUUUCCCAUACCUGAUGUGCAACACAGUGCCCUCGCCUACAUACCAGAAUUCUUUGCCGAUAACCUGGGAGACUUUUUCAUCUUCCUGAGACGAUUUGCAGAUGACGUUUUAGAGACUGCUGCAGAAUCUCUGGAACAGAUACUGGAUUUUAUAACUGUGUUUACAGGCAGCGUUGAAAGGAUGAAAAACCCUCACUUGCGUGCCAAGCUGGCAGAAGUCCUGGAGGCGGUCAUGCCUCAUUUGGAGCAAACUCAAAAUCCCCUUAUUUCCAGCGUCUACCACCGUCAGAGAAUCUUCUGUUCUUUCCGACACGCACCACGUCUGGCAGAGGCUCUUAUAAAGGUGUUUGUGGACAUAGAGUUUACUGGUGACCCACAUCAGUUUGAGCAGAAAUUCAACUAUCGACGUCCUAUGUAUCCUAUCUUGAGAUACAUGUGGGGGCAAGACACCUAUCGAGAGGCCAUAAAGAAACUGGCAGAUUACGCUGCUGAAAACCUUGAGGCUGUAAACCCACCUCUCUUCUUGCGCUUCCUAAAUUUGUUGAUGAAUGACGCUGUAUUUUUACUAGAUGAGGCCAUCCAGUACCUAAGCAAAAUUAAAGUUCUGGAGAUAGAGAGGGACCAGGGAGAGUGGGACGGGCUGAGCGCCGACAACCGACGGGAGAAGGAGUCCAAUCUGCUCAUGUUCGGCCAGUUAGCCCGAUUUCACAAUAUUAUGUCAAAUGAGACAAUUGGAACCUUGGCUUUCCUCACCUCAGACAUUCGUUCGUUAUUCAUCCAAUCAUUUCUCUCAGAACGGAUCAUCUCAAUGCUUAACUACUUCCUCCAGCAUUUAGUGGGCCCUAAGAUGGGAGCUUUGAAGGUCAAAGACUUCAGCGAAUUUGACUUCAAGCCUCAGCAGCUCGUUUCCGAUAUCUGCACCAUCUACCUGAACUUGGGAGACGAAGAGAACUUCUGUGCCUUGGUGCCAAAGGACGGUCGCUCCUACUCGCCAAUGCUUUUUGCUCAAACUGUGCGAGUGCUAAAGAAAAUUAAUAAGCCAGGAAAUAUGAUUGUUGCAUUCACAAACAUGGCCGAAAAGAUUAAGUCCUUAGCGGACCAGCAGCAACGAGAAGAAGAGACUUACGCCGAUGCCCCUGAUGAGUUUCUGGACCCUAUAAUGAGUACCGUCAUGUCCGACCCUGUUAUUCUACCCUCCUCUCGUGUCACUGUGGACAGGUCAACCAUUGCUCGACAUCUACUUAGUGACCAAACCGACCCAUUUAAUCGCAGUCCUCUGACUAUGGAUCAAAUUAAACCAAAUCGUGAACUGAAGGAGAAGAUCUUGACGUGGCUGUCUGAGCGGAAGCAGCAGAACGAAGACAACAGAAAUAAAGCGUUAUAGACUGACUUAUAAACUAAAAUGUGCGGUACCCAUCGCUUUAAUAGCAGAAUAGUUCAGAACCUGCUCAUGCGCUUCCCCUGCUGCGCAGCCGGAUUAUAUGGGGAGAGAAUUGGGGGCUGAGCUGAGAAGAUUUGGAGGAAGCAGCUACAGGGGAUAAUGUGGCAGUUUCUCCCAUGUAACAUAUAUUUAACUACAAAGUGGUCUUGAGGAGUCACUUUGACUAUUGCCUGCUCUUGUAAUUUGGGAAUGUUUGUAAGACUAGCACAGUAGAUACAUCCCCACCUUAUACGACCCAGCACUUUCAUUUACAGGCAUAUCCUCAACUAUGUAAUUUAUGUAAUUCUUGGAGAUAUUUUAUUUUACACGUUUACAGCAGAGGUAGGCAAGCUUUUUUUUAAAAAAAAAUUCUGUGUUGUCCAAACACAGAUCUCUGCCUUUUCUUGCUGUGAAAUGAAGUUCAACUAUGGCGACUUCACGUGAAUGGUUUGUAACCUAUGCGGUAAGACUGAGCCUGUACAUUGAGACACAUUUAUAGUCUACAAACACCUUCUGGGGCAAUUUGUUUUUUGGCAGUUGCAAUUUACCGAAUAAAAAUAUAUAUUUUUUCUGUUGGUCUAUAUUACAAAAUGUCAGCAAUUUUUGUCAUAAAGGGUUAAGCUUUAGCCUUGUGAGUAUCUUAAAGGGGUUAUCCAAGUUCUAUAAGCCCCCCACAUGCCCGGGUUCCUAACAAAGGUUGUACUUACCUCGCUCCCGGGCACCCGCGUCGCUUCUCAUACCGGCACGGCCGCCGCUUCAUCUGCCCGUAGCCCGGAUUAAAACAUUUGGGGGGGGUGAUGGGGACGGGCCUCCCUAGCAUUGCUGAACUUGAAAACACAAGCUCGCUCAACACUAUCCCUGGGCAGCAGAUCUCUGUUUAGAGAGCGCGAUCUGCUGCCCAGAAACUAUGAUUGAUGCCUGCACGAAUGUCAGGAUCACCCGAUGAACGAGCAUUCUGCUUUUUUAUCGGGUGAUCGGCAGCACAUUUAGACUGGCAGAUUGAGCAAAUGAGCGUUCGCAGAAACUGUCGUUCCCGAUAAUCUGCCUGAAAAUCGAGCAGUGAACAUCCACCUUUACUUUCACUUUGUGCUGUCAUCUGAUAACCCUCUGAACUACUAACAGCUCAUAAACACUUAUUUGAGCCAUAUUCUUAUCAGGAAGAUAAGAAUUAAGUGUUUAUGAGCUCUCACAAAAUCAGAUAAAGGUCACAUGAGCUGUCUGACGGGACGCAAACGGGGAGAUUUAUCAUCUCCCUUACGCCAGAAAAUUGGCUUUAAAAAGUUGCAAGCUGUAUGAUUUUAAAGGAAAAAAAGUGCAAGUGCCUCCUUUUUUCACCGCCUUUGCAACUUUUCCAAAAGGGGUGUGACCAGACUGGGGAAGGGUUGUGGCCAACAGCCGAGACUAAUUUAUCUUCAUUUACACCAGUUUUUCUGGUCGUAGAUUUCUGUUUAGACUCAUUAUAAAUUAGGCGCAUUCUCUGCCAGCGCGAGGGAGAUCAAAACCAGCGGUCUUGAUAAAUCUCCCCCAUAGAGCCUGAUAAGAGAACCUCAACACUGUACAGAGAAAGGGGCUGACAUUUUUUUUUAUAAAGACCAAUUGAAAAAAUUUAUUUUUAGCUCAAAAUGACUAUAAUGCAAUAAUAAAAAAUAAAAAAAUGCCCUCAAAGGUGUAAGUAGCCUUUAAAGAGGUUGUCCCAUUAUAACAACUUAUCCCCUGUGCAUAGGACAUAAGUAUCUGAUGGGUGGGGUGCGACCGCUGGGGCCCAUGCUAAUUGUUUGAACAGAGCAGCACACAUACAUGUUUGCUGCCUCUCCAUUCGAGUCUGAGGGACUGGCAGAGAUACUUGACUGUCUCUGGCAGUGCUAUAGAGUUAAAUGGAGCAGCAGCACACAUGCAUGUCCAUAACUCCACUCAGACGGGGGAACACAGGCCCCGGUUCUUACUGGCGGAGGCUUCAGCGGCUGGUACCACUCCUGUGGAAAGGGGAUAAGUUGUUGUAAUGGGACAACCCCGUUAAGUAUAAUGAUAGAGCAAAGAAACAUAGGCAGGAAGACGAGUCGUCUCAAUGUAUACUUAGAUAUUAGGUAGAACCUGUAAAUGUGCGAUAACCCAGGUUAAUAAAGUAUAAAAUCUG